CUAGAUUCCCCCUCCCCCAUCUUCUUGGCGUUCCCUUUCCAAUUUCUCUCUCCUGAGCCCCUCUCUCUCUCUCUCUCUCAUCGAGAGAUCGUCUGGGACUCACCAGCUUCCGCAACUCCCUCUCCUCCUCUUCUCUAUCAUCACCCACCCUCUCUCUGUCUUAUCAAUUCCAAUUCUCACUUACCUCUCAAGUUGACUCUCAAACCUUCAAAACCCACUCCCCAUUUCCUCGAAUUCUAGGGGUUUCUCUCUCUCUCAUCGCCAGAUCCCAACCAGCCCAUCUAACCCCACCACACCCAUGGCGAUCCGGUUCACCGUCACCUACUCCGGCUACGUCGCCCAAACCCUCGCCUCCACCAAAACCACACCCUGCCGCCUCUUCCAGGAAUGCUUCCUCGGCUCCCGCUCCCGCUUCCUCUGCCCCACCCAAAACCCCGAAAAAAUCGAUCCCAAAUCCAGCUUCCGUCCUACAUCAUCAGCAUCGUCUAUGUACUCGACUCUCGCUUGCGAAAUCCUUGGAGGUCAGAACUGUAAUUCCUCCCCGAUCGUCGUGGGUUUGGUCUCCCUAUUAAAAUCCUCGGCUGGGGUAUCCGGGCAGUCGACUUUGGCGAUUUCUCCGUUCAAGGCGUCGUCGAUCGUUCCGUUUCUGCAAGGGUCGAAGUGGCUGCCGUGCAACGAGCUGAUUCUGGGUUCGGCUAUAACUGUAGCGGAUCAAGGCGGGAGGAGGACCGGCGGAGGAGAGAAGGCGGCGAGGGAGGUGUCGGAGGGGGGCGUGAGCGCAGCGAGGAGCAGUGGUUGGCUUGGGAGGCUUUUGAAUUUCGGGGCGGAGGAUGCGAAGGCAGUGUUGACGGCGUUGACUGUCACGAUUCUGUUCAGGUCGUCGUUGGCGGAGCCGAGGUCGAUUCCAUCGGCUUCGAUGUAUCCGACUCUGGAUGUGGGUGACCGCGUUUUAACUGAGAAGGUUUCAUAUUUCUUUAGGAAGCCUGAUGUUUCCGAUAUAGUGAUAUUUAAGGCGCCCCCAAUUCUUCAGGCAGUUGGCUAUAGUUCUCGUGAUGUUUUUAUAAAACGAAUUGUUGCGAAGGAAGGGGAUUACGUUGAAGUGCGUGAUGGUAAGUUACUGGUGAAUGGUGUUGUGAAAGAUGAGGAUUUCAUUUUGGAGCCCCUUGCUUAUGAAAUGGAUCCAAUUAUUGUGCCUCAAGGUUAUGUGUUUGUAAUGGGGGACAACCGCAACAACAGUUUUGAUUCCCAUAAUUGGGGUCCGCUACCAAUCAGAAACAUCGUUGGUAGGUCGCUGCUUCGUUAUUGGCCCCCCUCCAAAGCCUCCGACGCUAUUUAUGAAGAACCAAUAGAAGAUGAUGCAGUGGCAAUCUAUUGACCUCUUCUUGAAAAACCGAUCUUUGCUCUACCCCUCACUACCCAAUCCAUUAUAUCAUGUUACAAGGUCACUACAGGAAGAAUGCAAAACCUAUUUUACCAUCCGAGUAAUCUAUAUCUGCAAUUGUUUUCUUUCUUUUAACUCAAUAUUGAGCAUCUGUAAAUAUUCCGACUUCCGAAGUCUUGGGCAUCCCAAAUCAUUGCAACGAUGAGUUUGUGAUAAGAUGUCGUCAAUGUUUGGUUUUGCAUUCUUCCUGUAGUGACUUUAAAACAUCGUUGCAAUGUAGUUUUGCAUUCUUCUGGUAGUGACCUUGUAACAUGAUAUGAUGGAUUGGAUAGUUAAGGGGUAGAGCAAAGAUUGACAUUGAAGGGCUCUGUCUCCCUACAAAUUUGUUGUAGAAAAUUUUGUGAUGUUGUUAGAGCUGAAACAAGUUAAAUAGCUGAGAUCAGUGGUACCCUAUGGUAAAGAUUCUUCAUUUUAUGACAUUAAAGGAAGGCUUGUAAAGCUCCUUGCAGUUGUUCACUUCUCUAAUUUCUGGUGUGCCUGCAUUGUGAGCCAGUUGCUUUUGAAGUAGUAAUACAAUUGAGUUAACCUUUUUUAUGUUCGACGAAUCCAUGAAGUGAUGUAUUUGUGCA